AGCAAAUCGUCUCCAGGAGACGAAAUUAAGAAGACCACCCCCACAAAGCUGCCGCUCCAUUUCGGCAUGCCAUCCAUAGUGGACUGACUCCCAACACAACCAUCAGCAGUCAUUGCUUUGUAGGGCCACGACCCUGAACCGGCAUCCAUUGAGCUUCUCUCUCUCAGUCCGUGCGUGAGAUCGAAGGUUGUGCGAGGAUCUUUGGUGAGGAUUUGUUUAAAUUUUGGCCAGGACGAUCUUUGGCCAGGACAGGACAACCCAGCGCCGACCAAGUAUCCUCCUCAGGAUUGAUAGCUUGUGGAGGAGAAGGGGCUGUCAUUCAUUCAUUCGGUAGCCACUGGUUGGAUCUGUUCUGAGCAGUCAGUCCAGUUGCCCGAUUCGAUUCGAUUCAUCCUUGGCACUUGCUUUCGAGUGAGUCAGAGUCAUUGGUCUUGUCAAAAUACACACCAACAAAAAGACAAUGUUGAAGAGCCCCCCUCCUGGCGUUAACAAUGGAGAAAGCUCCGCCUCUGCUGGGAGGCGGCAGCAUCAACAACCACUAGUAGAAAAUGGCGUGGCUUCCCAGCAACAACAAGAACCCGAAAAGACUCCACUAGAACGACAACGAGAGCAAGCCUUACGAGAAGCAGAGCAAGUCCUGGAGUCCAUGGGAACCAAUCAACUAGAUCAUUUCAAUCUGCUGGGAGUGGUUGCAAAUCCUCGUGGAUCCCAACAUGGAGGAGGCAACAUGGCCACUACACCGUCGUCUGCCAUGUCCUCCAUGCAUGGACCCAAUUCCGUAUCGUCGUCCACACAUGGUGGUGGAGAUGGCUCUACAUUUCUAUUCUCGGAUACCUACAAUACCCUAGAAUCCACACUCAGCUCCGUCACGGAACAAAUCGAAGCACUCAAUCACGUAUUUGAAGAUUGGUCACGGCAGUAUCUAAAUGAUUACUACUAUCAGGAUACCGCCGAUACACUUCCAGAGAGUCAACUGCAAGAACUGCCACCCGAGUUGUUGCAGUUGGAGCUGAGUUCACUACAAAAGUAUCUACAGAAAUCGGGAGUACUGGCACAAACCUAUCAACGUCAUGCCAGAGAACAAGUACUCAAAAAACAAAGGCAAGAAGAAUUAAAACAGGCCAUUGCAGCAGCGGCAUCCUCGGAAUUUACCACAUCCACCAGCACAACACAAAUAGCAGCAGACCAAACACAACAACAACAACAUUCCAACGAUGACCCAUUAUCCGACAUUCCCGAAAUAUUCUUUCAACCCGAUUUUGAUCUGACAGAUCCAAAGACGUUUCGACGAUUGCUACUCAACGACAAUAAUAAUAAUACUAUUGAUGGGAGUAGUUCUUCGACCUCGGCAGCAGCCAUGUCGCCCAAAACCGCCAGCAGUCUAACGACAUCUCUGGAAGAACCCACCAAUGAUCUCUUUCAGAUUCCACCACCGGAUCACUUUACGGGGUAUCUGGACAAGGUAGAAGUGGCGCUCUUGGAACAAGUGAGAGAAAAAUCAGAAGCUUUCUUUCAAGAAACCAAUCGAUUUGCACAACUCAAAGAGUGGGUCGGAGAGCUUUUGGUGGAUGUGCAACGGCUGCGUAUGCUCAUGGAAGGACAAGCCAAAGCAAUUCAAUCAUGGCAGCAAGUGCCGCAGUGGGAUCGGACACGCAAACAUUUACUCAAAUUGGAAGCCAUCUUGGACGGUGCCAAUGAGAUUCUUCGUUGUAAACAGUGUAUCGGGGGAUUGCUCAGUGCCAAGGAUGAUCUUGGAGCGGUCGAACAAAUUCAGUACGCGCGACGACUGCUGGCGGGAGUACCGGAGGACGACGAUGAUGAGGGAGACAGUAGUACUGACAACGCGACGGAUGCUGCCAACGAAAACAAUGCCAAAACACCACAACACGAUGUUGAUAAUAAGGAAACACCCAUCGAAUUGGGGCGUCUUCAGGCUCUCAGAACCGUUGGAGAGCAAUUGAAUCAAUACGAAUCCCUCGUCGUGACCAGUCUGACGGAAGAAGUCGUCGAGAUUUUUCUCGAAUGGAACACGUCCACGCUCGCUUCCAUGUACGGCUUUUCGACUUCCAAUAAUGGAGGAAUGCUAUCAUCAAAGACAUCUUCGCAACACGAAGUAGAACGACGGACGCUCAACAUUGUGGCAAGUCUGCAAAUGUGCCAUGCUUUGGGACACAUGAUGCAGUUCUAUGGGACGCGACUUCACGAUAUGGUGCGAAUGACGGUCAGAACGACCGUGGGCGAAUUUGCGUCGGAUGCAGCGGUUUCGGCCAAAGGAGGUGCGGCACCAGGAACGUCAGUUUCGGUCAGUGUCACGGCCAUGUCCCUGGAACGAUUCAUUGACUGUCUGGAUAUGCUCUUUGAACAACUCUUGGCAUUGUUGACGUCUGCCUCGGGAGUGGACGAAUUCUGUCACAAGGAAGGGUUGACAUUGCGAGAUGAGAAAACUAAGAACGGGGGCGCUUCCGCUACGAACGGUGCAAUCGGCAACAGUAAAAAAGCUGCCAGCUCUAACAAUGGGGAUCUGAACGGAUCCACACACGACACCUCUUCAUCGGAGCCGGAGACUGCAAUCCAUGUCAUUGUCGCCUCAGCCGCUGAAUUAUCUGCCAAAUCAAUUGCCGAGCUCUUGCGACUGCGAAAAGAAGUGCAUUCUUUGGUAACCCUUGAUGAAAUGAGACGGAUUUGGGAUACUUGCACCAAAUUUGUCGAAGAGGUGGAAAAGCUGAGUGGUCACAAAUGCGUCGCACUGAGGAGCAUGUUGUUGACCCAAGCUAAGGCAUUUGUAGAGAGAAAACACGACAGUAAUAUGAGUUCGUUGGCUGCCGCUCUUGAUUCUGAACGCUGGACACAAUGCGAGGUAUCGGCUGAAAGACAAACGGCACUGACGAUGCUAUGUUCAGGGCGAGCUGGUUACACAACUGGCAGGCGUUUGGUACGACAAUCCAGUGUAGAAGAAAACCCAGCCCUCACUGCAAAGUCACCAGAAGCUGAGGUGGAAGGAAUACGGUAUAAGGUCGUGUGGUCAUGCCUCUUAUUGGUGGAAAUGAUCAUGACGAACAUAGAGGCAGCAGCCCGCUUCAACAAUUUGGCAUCCAACGUCGUCGGAAAAGUCUCGGAGCUUUUGCGAUUGUUCAAUUCUCGGGCUACACAGUUGGUUUUGGGCGCUGGAGCAAUCCACUCGGCGGCAAGGCUCAAGUCGAUCAAUGCAAAGCACCUCUCGUUGGUGACCCAGUGUUUAGGAAUGAUUAUUGCUCUUCUGCCUCAUAUCCGAGCUGCUCUCAUGUCGCAGCUGCCACCCAAACAGCACACGCUCCUGACUGACCUAGACAAGAUCAAGAAGGAAUAUGCCGACCACAAUGAAAAGGUUUUGAACAAGUUCGUCACCAUCAUUGGUGGCAUUGUCGAGCAUGGCUUGGCCAAGCACAUUGGAGGGAUCGACUUUGAUGCUCGAGCGAGGGACCCCAAACUUACCAGCGAGGACGGUGUUGCUUGCUGCGUGUUCCUCGAGGGAGUCAUCACAAAUACGCGCAAAAUGCAUCAAGUACUAAGUGCAUUACUUCCACCAGAGCACUUGCAGGAUGUGUUUUCGAGAAUAUUCGCCUUCAUCGACCAAAAAAUUCCAGCCCUUUUGAUCGCAGCCGCAGAGAAUGGAAACAAAGCAAAUCAUGGAGGAAAAGCUCCUCAGGGAACACCUUUCCGAUUCCCCACAACCAACGAUGGCAAGAAGCGGCUCUUAGAUGAAGUCGAUUCUGUGACGAAAAGUCUCAAUGGGCUUGCUGGGGUCUUCCCUUGGGAAUUCAGUGCUGUGUCGGUAUUGGCCAAGACUCUGGAAUAUGAGUUGCCAAGGAAGCCUGAGCCUGAAGGAACCAUGGCAUCAGAAGCUGUCUACGACAACGAAAAAGAGAGUGAAGAAGUCGCUGCCAGUGCGGAAAAUGGGGAUGACUCGGGUGACACACCCGUCGACACGGCUGCUCCAGCAGCGGCAGCAGACCCCUGAGAAUCCGAGCUCAAGUAGCAGUCGAAGCAACUGUGCUCUGCGGAAUGAUGCUGACAAGACGGACGUGUUGGCAACAUCGAAUGAUCACUCUAAAACAGAGGUACAAUUCGGUUUUCUGUACUCCUUGCUGGGAACUUUUGAGCUCGUUUCCUCGAAUCGGCCUCUCGUAACGUUCUUCGUUGUUGCCGUCGCCGGAGUUCCGGUGCCUGUAUUCCGCCACCCCAGUAGGGGCUAGUCCAUUCUAUCAGAACAACAACAACUUGCUAGCUAGCUACGAAUACAAUACGGUUGUAUACUUUAGCUCGCCACUCUUUUGUAUAUCCAUUUUACAGCGUAGCAUUUGAUUAGCACGAUUUGUUGGGUGGCUUCUUUGCUGGCUUCGUGAUGCCCUCCUUUGAACACACCCUUGGCUCAGAGUUGCUUGUUGCCCUUCUUUUAUUGCCGCCGCUUGCACCUGGAUGGGUGCCACGCCAGAAGCUUGGACUGGCUUGUCUCCGGUAGCAACGACCCUCUUUGUCACUUCUUCUUCGCUCUUACCCUUGAGCCCCAACUGGAUUCGAACGAGGUUGUUCGGUUGAAGUCACAGAGGUUUGUGUCACAGCAGCAGGUUCUACAGUGAUAUUCGUUGUUGUCUUUGGUUGUGACAGCUCUGCCCCUGUCAUCGUUGGGGUUGCGACUCUAGUGGCUGCCACGGCUGGUGACUGAUCUCCGUUGGUGCUAACUGCUAUUGGCGUUGGGGUGGCAGCGGAGACCCCCGAAGCGGCAGCCGUUUGGUUUGGCUUAGAUCCUGCAUUUGCCAUCGUGGUUUGUGGCUGCGAAGUAGCUGCACUUUUUGCCUGCUGGGCUACUUUUGAAGAAGGAGCACUUGUCGCAGAAGACGGCAACGGUUCUUGUGUUGGCUUCUCUGCAGAAGUGGCUGAGACUGCAGUCAUCUGCAACGCGGUUGGUGCCACGGGGCUUUGAACGUUGUGGGUUGCAGCUGUUCCUGUACCCGAAGCCGCUGCUGGCAGUUGCUGGAGAGGCAAAGAUGCUGUUGCAGUAGGGUUUGCCACUGGAAGCUUUUGGGCAGAUUUAUUCAGCGCUGUGGCAGCAGUCCUCUGUACCUGUACGGGAUUCCCAGUAUUUGCAGGUGCCGAUGUAGCAGAUACCUGAGCAACAGCGGGUUGAUUUGAUGUUUUUGAGGCUGCAGCUGCAGCCGCAACCCCAGUACUUGUAGCCUUCGACACUGUGGAUGCAAUGUUCACAACAACAGGAGUUGUGGCAGGGGUUGCCACUGGACCUGUGGGUGCUGGUGCUGCCACAGAUGUGAGGUGUGGUUUCUGGGGUGCCGCAGUGGCAGCAAUUGUAGGUUUCUGCAUUAUCGGAGCAUUCUGUGUGACAGGUUUUGUGGCAGAUGUUGCAGCUGGAACUGGUGCUGCUGGUGAUGCCACUACCACAGCCGUGAGUUGUGGUUUCUGGGCAACGAUGGUAGGCUUCGGUGCCAUCGGAGCAUUCUGUGUGACAGG